AUGCAGCUGAGUCGCACCCCGGACUUGCAGUCCCUGGUUAAUUUCAUUAACCUAGCGGGCCAAAUCAGGGCAGAUGAGAUACAAAUAAACAACAGGAGUAAGGCCUCAGUACUGGCCCUUUGUGAUGCUCUCGAAGUGCCUUGUCCGGAGGUGCUUUCUCUGUCCCCUAUUUCAACCCCUGGUUUAUUGCUCCACUGGAGAGCUCAGAUUGUUAUAUGCAGUCUAUUAAACCAGUCCAAAAUGGAAGACAUGAUGAAGGCCUUUCCAGCUGUGGAGUGCCUGGAAGUCCCCAUGGCAUGGGAUAGUCAUUUCCAUGCUGACUGUACAGCGGAACGGGCCAAGAUGGGGAUAGAUGAUUUACAGGCUCUUGUCGAUUCGGCACCCUGUAUCCCUUCUCUGAAGGUCAAGGUAACUGGCGGAGUAGCGGUGUUCUGUGACGUGAACAGUUACCCUACUCAGCUAGAUGUGGAUAGGCUACGUCAGCAAGGUGUUGUGGUGGCUGUUGGUAUCCCCCCGAAGCAUGCUGCAAAGUUGACCGAGAAAGAUUGGUCAGCUUUUGAGGCAGCAUUGGCGUUAUCGGGUGUUUCUGCCUUGGGUGAAGUAGGCCUAGACUAUACUUCACAACCAUCCACAUGGGGGAUCCAGCAUUCUGUUCUCCGUCGGGCCCUUGAGUAUCUUCGCCCAGAUCAUGUUCUGGUACUCCAUAACAGGCCAGACAAGCGCAAUUCUGGGGAUGACAUGCUGCAGCUUUUGUUUCAGCUAAAGGGCUGCAUCCCAACUGAGCAGAGGAUUCACCUGCAUUGCUUUUCCGGAAGCCAGUAUGCAGUGGACCAGUGGAGUAGGCACUUUCCCAAUACCCACUUUGGGUAUACUACUUCAUUCUUGAGCUAUGGGGAAAGUGCCAUUCAAGCUCUGCGAAACAUGGAUGAGUCCCGUUACCUCCUGGAGACUGACUCUCCAUACUUCGGAAAUACAAAAGCAAGCCACACCACACCUGGACAUCUAGGGAGUAUUGCCAAUGCUGUUUCAAAGGUCAGACAUGCACCAUGGCAGGAUGUGUUGAAGACAGCCAAUUCCAAUGGUAGGAGGCUGUAUGCAGUAUCCUGA